AUGGCCUCCCCGACUAAAGGCGACGAUGAAUUCAUUCAUCACAUUGCCAUUCAGCUCUCAAGAGUAAUGAAUCUCAUCAAUCCGAAUGAUUUACUUGCUCGACGCGUCCAGGACAUAGCCAAGAACAACACGGUGGAUGGCUUCAUUGAAGCGGCGAAGUCUUUUGGCAAGUUUAAGCCUUCCUUCCUUGCAGAACUUCAUGCAGAGAUCUUGUCGCACGAGAAGCAGCAGGCCACAGGACAACCGCAACUACCCGUACAAGGAAUCGUGGUGCACGAUAGUGAUGUCCUUGAACCCGAACCUGUGCGUCAGGGUGGUCUCAUGCGCAAGGAUGCGAAACACGCAUUCCGUCAACCAGCGAAGCCCCUUGAUCCCCCUACCCCGCGUGCAUCCGUGCUCGGACUCGACAAGCUCGCUCAGGAGAAGCGCGCUCUUGCAGCUCAGGCGAACGGUGAAGGGAGUCGGAAGAGACCGAAACUAGAUGGAGACGGAGAUGAGCCGGUCUUCAAAGUCCCAUCUCUUCCCGCUUCACGGACCUCGCAUAUGCGCCAGCGAGGCGAAGAGACACCAUCUCAUCCUGGUGGAUUGUCGGAGGUCGCACGUCAGCGGCUGGAGGAGCGCAGGAAGAUACGAGGUAGGCCGGGCAUAACUGCGAAGAACGAACCUCGUGGAGAUGGGCCGCGCGGCCUUGGCGACUUCCAGCGGCGACUGAACCGCGAUCAAGCAUACGAUAGACGGAGAGGUGGAGAUCGCGACCGCCGCGAAUGGGACGCCACACCACGCUCAGAACGCAGUCGUCGAGGGGAGGAUGCGCCUAGCGUUCGGAUUCCAAAUGCUUCCUGGGAUGCCACGCCAAGGCGGCCUUCGUCGCCCGGCGGAUCUUCUGCACGCAACAAGAGAUGGGAUGCGCCAACGCCACGUCGUGGUGGAUCGCCUGGCUCCGAUGGCGAGGGUGGGUUAGGUAUAGAUGCCCGAGAAUGGGAGGAGGAGCAGACGCGUCUGGACAGAGAUUGGUACAUGGGCGCAGAAGAGGGCGGAGUUGUGGGCGAUGAGGACUAUAAUCCGCUUGCGCAGUACGACGACCUCGCGGCGGCGAAAGAGGAGCAGAUGGCAAAGAAGCAGGUCAAGAAGAUCUCGGCGCGCCAAGCGCAAUAUAAUGCCGAUAACGACCUCUGGGAGGCCAACCGGAUGGUUACCUCUGGGGUGGCGACCCGUAAAGAGAUUGACCUCGACUUCGAGGAUGAGUCCGAGUCGACCGUACACGUCAUGGUGCACGACCUCAAGCCACCCUUCCUCGAUGGCCGUACCGUCUUCACCAAGCAGCUCGAGCCUAUCAACCCCGUCCGCGACCCGACGAGCGAUAUGGCCGUCUUCGCCCGGAAGGGGAGCGCCCUUGUCAGGGAGAAACGCGAACAAGCCGAGCGCGCGAAGGCCGCAGCCAAGCUUGCUGCUCUUGGCGGUACGCAGCUAGGUAACAUCAUGGGCGUGAAAGACGAGGAGAUGGAAGCCGAGGCUGCCGCCGAACAGAAGGCAAAACAGGAGAAAGAGGAAGACUACAAGGGCGACUCGAAAUUCGCUUCGCAUCUGAAGAGCUCAAAGGGUGUUAGUGUGUUCGCUCGCUCGAGAACGCUUAAGGAGCAGCGAGAAUACUUGCCUGCCUUCGCUUGUCGCGAGGAACUGAUGAAGGUCAUUCGGGAGAACCAAGUCAUCGUUGUGGUCGGUGAGACAGGAUCUGGCAAGACGACCCAGCUGGCGCAGUUCUUGUACGAAGACGGCUACUGUGCGUACGGUCUCAUUGGAUGUACACAACCUCGUCGCGUGGCUGCGAUGUCCGUCGCCAAGCGUGUCAGCGAGGAGAUGGAGUGCAAGCUUGGCUCCACUGUCGGCUAUGCAAUCCGUUUCGAGGAUUGCACCUCUCCAGAGACGAAGAUCAAGUACAUGACGGACGGCGUACUGCUGCGUGAAUCCCUGAACGAGGGCGACCUAGAUCGCUAUAGCGUCAUCAUCCUUGAUGAGGCGCACGAGCGAUCACUGAGUACCGACGUGCUCAUGGGUCUCCUGCGGAAGAUCUUGUCUAGGCGGAGAGAUCUCAAAUUAAUCGUCACGUCUGCUACGAUGAACGCUGAGAAGUUCUCCAACUUCUAUGGCAAUGCCCCAACAUUCACUAUCCCUGGUCGAACGUUCCCCGUCGAGGUUUUCCACUCGAAGUCUCCAUGCGAGGACUACGUCGACAGCGCGGUUAAGCAGGUGCUGCAAAUUCACCUAUCCCUCCCACCAGGGGAUAUCCUCGUCUUCAUGACUGGUCAAGAGGAUAUUGAGGUGACAUGCCAGGUGGUCCAAGAACGAUUGUCGCAACUUGACGACCCUGCACCUCUUGCCGUAUUGCCGAUCUACUCGCAGAUGCCUGCUGACCUCCAGGCAAAGAUCUUUGAACCAACCCCGGACGGUCGGCGAAAGGUAAUCGUCGCUACGAAUAUCGCGGAGACAUCCUUGACUGGUACCGGGUUCUGUUACCGCCUCUACACCGAGAUGGCGUUCCGGAAUGAGAUGUUCUCUAACAACAUCCCAGAGAUCCAGCGGACGAACUUGGCGAACACGGUACUCCUGCUGAAAUCUCUCGGCGUCAAGAACCUCCUCGAAUUCGACUUCAUGGACCCACCUCCACAGGCGAACAUGCUCAACUCGAUGUACCAGCUCUGGGUGCUUGGUGCCCUGGACAACGUCGGCGACCUGACACCCAUCGGGCGGAAGAUGAGCGAGUUCCCGAUGGAACCGAGCAUGGCGAAGAUGCUCAUCCAGUCGGUCGAGUACAGAUGCUCCGCCGAGAUGCUCACUAUCGUGUCAAUGCUCUCCGUGCCGAGCGUCUUCUACCGACCAAAGGAGCGCAUGGAGGAGGCGGACGCGGCCCGGGAGAAGUUCAACGUACCUGAGAGUGACCACCUCACACUGCUGAACGUGUUCAACCAGUGGAAGUCACACGGGUUCCGGGACGAUUGGGCCUUGCGUCACUUCUUACACCCGAAACUGUUGAGGAAGGCGCGCGAGGUCCGCGCGCAGCUGGAGGACAUCAUGAAGUUCCAGAAGAUGGAGCUCAUUUCUGCUGGGACAGACUUCGACAUCAUCCGGAAGGCGAUCACUGCUGGGUACUUCCACCAGGCCGCGCGUGUGAAGGGCAUUGGGGAGUUUGUCAACAUCCGCACGGGUCUUCCCACACACUUGCACCCGACAAGUGCGCUGUAUGGCUUAGGCUACACGCCAACAUACGUCGUUUAUCACGAGCUAAUUCUGACGUCCAAGGAGUACAUGACCCAAGUCACGGCCGUCGAUGCUUACUGGCUUGCCGAGCUCGGGUCCGUCUUCUACUCUGUAAAGGAGAAGAACUUCGAUGAGCGUGGGAACCGACGGAAGGCCGACCGCGAGUUCUCCAAGAGGGCAGAGCUCGAGACGGAGAUGGCGCGGCAGAGAGAGGAGAGCGCGAAAAAGGCGCAAGAGGAGGCACUUGCGGCGAAGACGUCGUCGAGUAGCAGCUCCAAAAUCAUCGUCCCUGGAACCCCCCGUAACAGCGGUGUUGGGGCUGGUGCGCGCGUCACGGCGACGCCCAGACGACGCGUGGGUAUCUGA